AUGAUUCAAGAGGUUAGAUUAAUGAAAACUGUGACUGGAUUUGGCAAGUGUUAUGAAAUGCUUGUUAAAGAAUUUAUUGUGAACAUCUCUAAGGAAUGUGAUAACAAGAGGAGAAAGGAGUUUAGAAAAUUAGAGAUUACUGCUAAACAAGUAAAGGAAUGGCCUAGGAAAUGGAAGUUGUCCGCAAGGACCAAGUCAAGUUUUGAUUUUGAGUCCUAUAUCUUUGAUCAGACUAUGAAACAUGUUGCCUCUUAUGCUGUGAAGAUUCCAAUUGCUUUUCUCUCAUUAAUAUGUGGUGUUAUUCUGAGUCAACACCCAAGUAUCUUAAUAAGUUCUGAUAGUGUCUGCAAAAUAGACCCUCCUCUCUCAUUACAUUAUAGGAUGUUCACUAGGAAACAUGUUCCAUACAUUGUCAUGACAUCUGGACUAAAAUCUUCUAGGCCUACUACUAGAACAUGCAUCCUUGCUGAGGUAAAAGAUACUUGCAAGACCUUAGAUGAAACUAUUAAAAGUUGCACUAAGAGGAAAAGCAAGCUUGAAAUUUUGAUAAAGGCAUUGUUUGAAGAAGAAGGAAUUUUGAAAGGUGAUGAAACAGGUGAAGAGGAUGCAAAUGAAGAAAGUUCUGAUGCAAGUGAUGAUAAAGACACUACUAACAGUGAUGAGGACUGA